AGACUAUUCCCGGUGAAUGAUAAACACUUCUGGCUUUCAGGAUCCAUCCGCGUCAUCAGAUCCUUGUCCAGACCAUCCCUGCGCUGUGGAAUGGCCGAACAACACUUCCUUCCAAGUUGUGCCUUUCGAAACAACCAUGCCCACCCUAGUCUGUCGGAGAUAGCGCUCAGAUGCAGCAGCCAUGCAUAAGCAGCAUGACCGAGCAUGUCCGAACGACUCGGACAUCACUAUCAACGUCAUCACCAGACCGACUCUAUAAGAACCCCUCGAAUGACGUGUCUUGGUAAAAUUCUUCCCUCCACAAUGUCCGACAAAACCGUCCUCGAUUUCGCCACGGAAGUCGAUUCCUACGCGGAACCCCACCUCCUGCCCAAUGCUCAGGAUCUCAAAGAUACCCUCGACACUAGCAACAGUCACGCAAUACCGCAGAUAGCCGUCUCCCCAGCUCAGGGCAAGUUCCUCUCACUGCUGACGCGGCUAUCGGGGACCCGCAACGUGCUCGAGAUCGGCACCCUGGGCGGCUACUCGACUAUUUGCUUUGCGAAGGCCCUCAGACAACGAGGACAGGGGGGCAAAGUCACCAGUAUUGAGAUUCUCAAGGACAGGCAGGAGCUGGCUGUGCAGAACCUCCGCAACGCCGGGAUCAGUGUCCCCGAUGAGGCGGAAGUGUUGCUCGGGUCUGCUCUGGACGUGCUGCCGCAGCUCGAGGCAGAGAUAGAGCAGGGACAACGACCCAGGUUUGACUUCGUGCUUAUUGAUGCCGACUGGGAGAACCACUGGCCGUACUUUGACUAUGGGGUUCGGCUGUCUAACGGUGCGGGGAGUGUGGUCUAUGUGGAUAAUGCCGUGGGAGCCAUGAGGAGGUUUGGGAUUGUGGGUCCAGGAACGGAUAAGAAAGAGGUUGUUUCGUUGGUGGACAAGGUUGGCGCAGACAGUCGGGUCGAUGCGGCAUUGAUGCAGACUGUGGGGGCGAAGGGGCACGAUGGAUUUUUGAUGGCGAUGGUGUUGUAGCUUGGUUUUGACUGAUGUUAUGGAGGUACAUUCGGUGACCGAUUUGUAUUGAUAUGACCUUCCAAUGUUUAUUGAUGAAGCACUGUUUGGCUACUUUGGAUAGGCCAAAUAAUUAUGUUUAUUUUUUUUAUUAAUUCAAAGUAAC